AAACGACAGCCUCAUUUUCAUCACCAUAUCCACUUAUACAACUAGGUUCACGGGCUUGAGGUGAUUAACAACAGAAUCUGCAAGUGAAACAAAGUGGGAGAAAUGGGAAAAACACAUCAUGUAUUGGCUAUACCAUAUCCCGCACAGGGCCAUGUGAUUCCCCUGAUGGAGGUUGCUCAGUGUUUAGCCAACAAUGGAAUCAGAGUCACAUUUGUGAACACUGAUUUCAAUCACGGACGGGUUCUCAGGGCGCUGACGGGGAACGUACAUGAACUCAUUAGUUUGGUUUCAGUUUCAGACGGAUUAGAGUCCGAUGAAGACAGAAAUGACCAUGGAAAGUUAGCUGAAGCAAUAACCAAGGACAUGCCGGGGAAGCUGGAGGCUCUUGUUGAGAAGAUGAAUGGAACGGAAGGUGAUGGAAUCACAUGUGUUCUUACUGACUGUUAUUUGGCAGGGGCAAUGCAGGUUGCAGAAAAGUUCUGCAUCAAGAAAGCUGCAUUCUUGCCGUCUUCCGUGGCCCUGUUGGCCUCAGUGAUCAGCGCGGAGAAAUUGGUUGAUGAUGGGAUCAUUGACGCUGAUGGAACACCCUUGAAGAACGAGUUGAUUCGGCUGUCUCCAUCCAUGCCUGCAAUGACCCCAAUGAACUUUGCAUGGACAUGCUUCCCUGAUCCCAUGCGGAAGAUUAUCUUCAAUGUUAUCAUAGAAAACAACAAAUCAGCAAAACUAGCAGAGUGGCUAAUUUGCAACACGUCUCAACAUUUGGAGCCCGGAGCCCUCACUUUCAUCCCCAAUUGUACGCCAAUAGGCCCACUGCUCGCUAGCAGCCGCAUUGGGAAAUCAGCAGGCUACUUCUGGCCCGAAGACUCCACUUGCCUGGCAUGGUUGGACCAACAGCCAAACAAUUCUGUCCUGUACGUUGCAUUCGGGAGCUUCACCAUUUUUGACCAAGUUCAGUUCCAAGAACUGGCAUUAGGCCUGGAACUCACCAACAGGCCGUUCCUGUGGGUCGUAAGGCAAGACAUAAUUAAAGAUAUUGAUGAGGCGUACCCGGUGGGAUUCAAGGAACGAGUAAAGAAUCGUGGGAAAAUCAUCAAUUGGGCACCUCAACAACAGGUCUUAUCCCACCCUUCUGUUGCCUGUUUCUUGAGCCAUUGCGGCUGGAACUCUACCGUUGAGUGUGUAAGCAGUGGGGUCCCUCUCCUGUGCUGGCCUUAUUUCGCCGACCAGUUCCUUAACCAGACAUACAUUGUCGAUCAUUGGGAAGUUGGACUAGGCUUGGACAAAGAUGAAAGUGGAAUCAUCAGACAGGAUGAGAUCAAGCACAAGGUGGAACAACUCUUGACUGAUAAAAGUUACAAAACUAAGGCAUUGGACCUUCAGGCUAAGACGACAGCUUGUGCCGGAGGAGGAGGGGAGUCUCAGAAGAACUUCCAUAAGUUCAUAGAUUGGAUCAAAGAAAAGCACUAGUCCCUUUUGAAAGCAGAGUUGAAUCCUCCUCUGCAUGUAUAGAUCAUGGACAAAUUUGUGCUAAGACAGUAAGAUCACAUUAGCUUGAAAUCUUGGGCUGUCACUUUAUCAGCACUGAUCCUUUCAGCAAUGUUUUAAAUCUUUAAGUAGCGGCAUGUUGCUCCUAUGUAUCUAUAAUGAAU